GGGUAUUUAGGAUAGAUCUGAAUAUCUUCAAUAUUUUGCACCAUAGUGGGCUUCCCCACGAUACUAGGGAAAUACUCCUGGAACGAGUAAGCUACACGUUCAAACUUCGGAAAUAAGGAUUAGUGCCCCUAUUUAAGACAGUUAAAGCCACAUUCCCGUGAAGAAAGCCAUACUCUCAAUCCAUCUUUCGAAGAUAGUUUCCUGUCAAGACCCAACCGUGCGAGAUGGCAGACGCAAUACAUGUUCUCAAUGCGACAGCGACGAUUACUCACAACUACUAUCCACCAACUAUACAACUACCCCAUUAUGUAGCAAACGACGGUACAGUGCCCUCAUUAAUCGCUCGAUUCGGGGCUCUCUGGGCAACUCUUGUUGGAGGGGCCUUUGCUACGAUCUAUUAUGUGCGACCUAGAGCUAGCCGGUCAGAUCAGAUCGCGUUUAUCUGGAUGUGCUUCACGGGAUUUAUCCAUUUCUUCUUCGAGGCAUACUUUGUCGUUAACCACAAAACACUUGCUGGUUCUCGAGAACUAUUCGGGCAGCUAUGGAAAGAGUAUUCUCUCUCUGACUCCCGAUACUUGACAUCCGAUGCUUUCGUAGUCUGCAUGGAAGCCAUAACCGCAUUCUGCUGGGGCCCUCUUUCCUUUAUCAUCGCUUAUUGCAUCGCCACGCAGCAUCCCGCACGUCAUCCUCUCCAGCUUAUUGUCUCUCUAGGCCAGAUCUAUGGGGAUAUUCUUUACUAUGGAACGAGUCUGUUCGAUAUCUCGUACUGCCGGCCAGAGAAAUACUAUUUCUGGUUUUACUAUGUUUUCUUCAAUUUCAUCUGGGUGGUUGUUCCUUUCUAUUAUAUGAGACAGAGCUUUGUCGAAAUCGUGAGGGCUUUUAGGAAGAUCGGGGAACAGUCAUUUGUCCCAACGAAGAAGUCAUGAUUGAGGCUCAUUCCGUCGGUAGAGUUCAACGUUGACCCCAUCCGUCGAUGCUGGUGAAGGUGACGCCAAGAUCUUCUGCAACUGUAUCAUCGGACCAGUUAGGAGUAAUCAGCGGGUAGAAAUAAUUAGCUAAAGAUUGAGACUACAUCUUAAUGCAAUCAAUUUCGGUUCA